AUGUCAGGACAUCACCGCAUCACCCUCGCUGCCAGCCCCCCCUAUUUUGAUGGGGACAAGUCCAAAUAUAUGGGCUUUGUGGACUUGUGCACCACCUACAUUGGUGCCUAUUGGUCGGAAUUCUCACUGGAUGAGACAAAAAUCCUCUUCAUCCUCUCCUACCUCCACAACAAGGCUGGCACAAGCUGCGCCGCCUCAAGAUGGACAAUGAAUUGGAAACAGCACAACUUCGAAGGCCUUAAGGGGAUGAAGGCCAGGGUCACCUCAACGACCUUCAUGGAGGAGCUUCAGAGGGCCUUUGGGGAUACCAACGUGGAACAAGUUGCUGCCGCUCAACUCAUGGCUCUGCGCCAGAACAAAUGA